AUAGCGAAACUAUGCAGCCCGAAGUUUUGUCAGUGAACAGGUCGCGGUUUCAAAGCGACGAAAAUAUUUGGUAAUUUUUCAGAUUAACACUCGCACGAUCUUCACUAGGGUGUUAGGGUUACGGUUAGGGACGGAAUUCCCUAACCCAAACCCUAACCGUAAAACACUAACCCAAACCCUAACCCUAACCCUGACCCUAACACGUGCGGGUGUUAAUCUGAAAAAUUACCAAAUAUUUUGACACAAAUUAAAUUUAAAUGUUGAAGUGAACCUAACGGAUUUAUUAUUUGUGUGUGUUCUUAGAAGGCUUAUAAACAUCUUCCCGCUGCAAUUGUUUUUGUUUCAGCACACGAUCUCAGAUUCAGUCACUUGCUGUGCAAGUACAUAUCCAUAACUAUUUUUUCGUUUUCUGAAAAAGCAACGUUUUGGACAUAUGACACUUUUACAUAAUAGCAACGAUAUAAAUUGCGAGUUCAUGUGUUUAUAUAUCAGAGCUGUUUAAUAACAGAAGACCAUGUCAUUUUAUAAAGAAUACAAAGUGUGGAACACAGAACAUAAUGUUCAAAAGGAAGUGAAAGCAGAAAGUCGGGAAGAUUUGCUCAUUAAAGCAAAAGCUGAAUUUGACAUUGAUUCUACAACAGAAGUAAAAUUAGUUUUGGAUGAAGAUGGAACCGAAGUUGAUGAUGAAGACUACUUUCACUUUGUUUCUUCGGACACAACACUUCAAAUUUUGUUGUCAUUUCAGUCAUGGUCACCAAUCCAUUCAUUGAGAGCUUCAUAUGAUGUUUGUGAUGGACCAGUGGAUACAUCUAAUGAUCUUAUUUUGCUGUUAUCUGGAAUAAAAUCUGACUUGGCCAAAUGUUUGGCUUUAUCUGAUGAUCAUUUGGAGGAAAUUACUAAAAUGCCUGUUUCUGACCUAGCUACUAUUUUAGUAGACAGUGAACAGUUUGCAAGAAAUUUCAAGGAGGCAUGUGAAAUAGAGUUGAUUACACGUGAGGACAAUGAUGACUUGUUACGGCUUAUACGACUGGCUACUGAACAUCAAAAUGGAAGUGUGAAAAGACAAAAGAUUGAUAACACUGAAUCUGAUGAUUAAACAAAGAUUAAUUUCUACUUUUGAAAAGUUCAUAUACAUUUUUGCCUAUUUUUCUAAUUAAAGUGUGAAAAAAAGAAGUAAAGAAAAAAAAGACUAAUAAAGCAUUUAUUAUUUUUUUUUAAA